AUGCUACACAUCACACGCAAAACUGGUGUGACUUCUUUUUCCGUCAUCGUUGCUGUAGACUACGCUAUGCGUGUUGAAAAAGUGCCUCCUUUUGCGCUUCAGUCAUUGUGGCUUGAGUCGCGCAACACUGACAUUUCAGCACUUUCUUGGAGGGCCAGCUACCGCGCCUCAGACUUGCUUUGGAAAACGGUCAUCCUCAAUGCCAUUUUAUCAAGUGCAAUGAGGAGCGUCCCCAACAUAUUUAUUUCGAGUUUGGCAGCUGGGGAUCUUUUGCUUUUGGUCACUUGUGUUCCAGUGGAUGCGUUCAGAUACUUCUUUGAGGAGUGGAUCUUCGGUGUUGUGGCUUGCAAACUAAUUCCGGUCAUUCAACUCACUUCAGUCGGAGUCUCGGUGUUCACUCUCACUGCACUAAGCGCGGACAGGUACAAAGCCAUUGUGAAUCCUAUGGACAUCCAGACAUCCAGUGCCGUGUUCUGGACAUGUCUGAAAGCUGUGUCCAUCUGGGUGAUCUCCGUCCUGCUGGCGGUGCCCGAGGCCAUAUUCUCCCAGGUAGUACACAUCCAGGACAAGAAUGUGACCUUCACUGCCUGCGUGCCCUAUCCCCUUUCCAACGACAUGCAUCCCAAGAUCCACUCCAUCCUCAUAUUCCUGGUGUACUUCCUGAUUCCCCUGGGGAUCAUCUCUGUAUACUACUUCCACAUCGCCAGGACUCUAGUCAAGAGUGCUCACAACAUGCCUGGAGAGAUCAGUGAGCACACGAAGAGACAGAUGGAGACGAGAAAACGGCUGGCCAAAAUUGUUCUGGUUUUUGUGGGCAUCUUCGCUCUUUGCUGGUUCCCCAACCAUGUCUUGUACAUGUACCGCUCCUUCAACUACCGUCAGAUCGACUCCUCUCUGUCGCACCUCAUCAUCACCCUGCUGGCCCGGGUGCUAAGUUUCUCCAGCUCCUGUGUCAACCCGUUUGCCCUCUACCUGCUGAGCGAGAGUUUCCGAAGGCACUUCAACAGCUCACUGCACUGCAAGAGGAAGCCCCACCACGAACGCAACACUAGCUACCUGCAGCAUACCUCAGCCAUAAGAAUGACCUCCAUCAAGAAGACCACCCCUACUGUCAUCAACGGACAUGGCAACAGGCAGGAGGUCACUCUGUAGGUUUAGGUCACCUGAUGACAUGUAAGUGGUGGGAGUGGCACCAAAAAAAGGUUAAGUGCAAAGCUUUUACAAGGAGAACUAUUAUGAAAAGGUCAUGCAUGUGUGCUAAACAGAAAAUGCUUUGUUUGUCUAUACAUUCCCCACAAUGCCACAUAUCACUGCUGAUGAGAUGAUCACCCAUGAACUUGAGAGAUUCCGGUAUGAAUUUGUUUAUUAGAUCACUUUGAUAAUGCCAUUUCCUGUGCUAUGUUUGAAUGUUUAUCUUCAGAUGCUCAAUGUGACACAAAUGUUCAAUGUUUUGUUGAGUAAAACAUGUCCCAGUAUAUUGAACUGCAAAUGCUACAAUAUGAUUGCUGUACAAAAAUAUAAAGAAAUAAUAAUAUAUAGAGUGUGUGUACAGAUAUAUAUAUAUAUA